UUUAUUCAAAUUAUAUACGUUUUUAGCACAUGUGAAGGCACCAGCUGACAUCCAGAGCAGGCAUUUGUUCAAAAAGGUGUUGCAGGACUGAAAAUGACCUUUGCUGUCUAUUUAUUGUUCGGUCGAAAUGUUUUUUUAAAUACACGUUUUGUCUGAAACAAUAAAAAUCAAACAGAUUUUUGAAUGAUUAAUCACAGAAACACAAACGUCUUCUUUUUGGCCUAGGUAAAUAAGAAAGCUGACCUUUUUUAUAUAGAGGGUCAGAACGGGAGGGGAGGGGGGUUCAAAUUAAUCAAUCACUGCUAUUUUCCCUCCAGACUGCUUCAAGUGUAAAUAAUGAUUGAUAAUAAUCAAUCUGUCAUUGCUUUGUUUUUACAUGAUUAAUUAGAUUACAUCCUCCCCCCGACUCUCUCCACAGGUUCCACCAAGCGGUACCUGCUGACAGAUACCAGACCCGGGUGUCGUGCACGUCUCUCGGUGGCGCGCCCUCGGGUCCUCCGUCUUACCGGCGGCAGCAGCGGUGGCGGCGGCAGCAGCUGCGGCGGCUCGGUGUCUCCGCGCUGAGAUGCAUCAGAGCGCCUGAGAGGAAACAGGAGGAGGAUUUGUCUCCAGCUCCACCAGCAGCACCGGGAUUUACCGCGUGGACGGCCGAACAUUCCGCAGCUUGUGUCGGAUCCUUCGCCGUGUGGCUCGAAACCAUUGAACCUGAGCUGCUGCAGCACAACAACUGAGAUUGUGGGUCAGACUGGAAGAGCGUACUCAUUCAUUCAGCCAUCGAUCCAUCCCUCUUCCCCAAGUCAGCCAGAGAGAGGAUCUGAUGACAGGACUGCAAAGGAAGGAGACAAAGGACCAUCUGCUAUGGCCAGUGCAGCUGAUGGUGCAUGCAGUCUGGGUGCAGAGCAGAACCAUCUAAGCGUCCCUGUUGCUGACCAUGGAGCCUGGGCUGCAGCCAUGAACAACUUGGGCAUCAUGCCGGUGGGCAUCAGCGGGCAGCCGCUGGUUUCAGACUCUCUGUGUAUCCAGAGAUUCGAACCCGGUUUGGGCCUCAUUGCACCGAUAAACCCCAUGAUGGCUGGCAUCAGCCUGGUCCCACCUCCACCUGUUCCCUCUGAUGUACCGAUCAUCAAGGAGAUUAUUCACUGCAAGAGCUGCACACUGUUCCCUCAGAACCCCAAUCUUCCCCCUCCCUCAACACGGGAGCGUCCCCCUGGCUGCAAAACGGUGUUUGUUGGAGGUUUGCCGGAGAACGCCACAGAGGACAUCAUCAGGGAGGUGUUUGACCAGUGCGGGGAGAUCACUGCCAUCCGCAAGAGCAAGAAGAACUUCUGCCACAUCCGCUUCUGCGAGGAGUUCAUGAUAGACAAGGCUAUCUACCUGUCAGGAUAUCGGAUGCGCAUUGGAUCCAGCACAGAUAAAAAGGAUUCCGGGCGGAUCCAUGUGGACUUUGCCCAAGCCAGAGAUGAUUUGUAUGAGUGGGAGUGUAAACAGCGCUUACUGGCCAGAGAGGAAAGACACCGCCGCAAGAUCCACGAAGACCGCCUGCGGCCGCCGUCCCCUCCCCCCAUCGUUCACUACUCUGAACAUGAGGCGACAAUGUUGGCAGAAAGACUGAAAGAUGACCAUAAAUUCUGUGAAGCCAUUGCGGUGCUGUUCACCUGGAUCGACCGGGGUGAGGUCAACCGCAGGACCGCCAAUCACUUCUACUCCAUGAUCCAGUCGGCCAACAGCCACGUUCGCCGGCUGAUGAGUGAGAAAGCUCAACACGAGGAGGAGAUGGAGCACGCCAAAGAGGUCUUCAAGAAUGCCCUACUGGCCAUAUUAACACAGUUCGAGCAGAUCACCACCGUUUUCACCGCAGCCACCAGACAAAAGGCAUGGGACCAUUUCUCAAAAGCACAGCGCAAGAACAUAGACAUUUGGCGCAAGCAGUGUGAGGAGCUGAGAAACGCCCACAGCGAGGAGAUCAUGGGCAUCCGACGAGAGGAGGAGAUGGAGAUGUCAGAUGAGGAUGCAGAUGAAAUUCCUUGCAAGAGGAUACGCACUGAAGAAAAUGGACUGUGUGAUCAGACUCAGUCUUCUCUGAGGGAGGAGAACGACUCUCUGCGUUGGCAGUUGGAUGCCUACAGGAAUGAGGUGGAGCUUUUAAGGAAGGAGCAGAUCAGAGGCAACCGUCCAGAUGACGAGCAUACACAAAUGCAUACACACAGUCCGGAGGCUCAGAUCCAGCUACUGCAGCAGAGCAUGCACAGUAUGCAGCAGCAACUCCUCAGUCUGCAGGAGAAGCUGUCGAGUAAAGAAGCUGAGCUGGAGAAGGCAAGAGAGGAGCAUCGCUACCUGGAGGGGGAGGUGCUAUCACUCCGAGACAAGCUGCUCAACAGUAAUGGGGAGGCUGCAGAGGGAACUAAUGGAGAACUCCAUGAAAAGGGCAUGAAUGGAUGCGUUCCUUCUCUGUUCCUCAGCAGAGACAGGAGGAGUGAGUUUCUAAGAGGAGGAGUUGCAUCAGAAAAAGAAGCUCUUCUUCUGGGCAUUAUAUCAACCUUCCUCCACGUCCAUCCAUUUGGUGCUAAUCUCGAGUAUUUGUGGUCAUACAUACAGAGACUGGACUCAAAGGUAUCUGCCAGUGAGCUGGAGCGUCUCAUGGUGCGUCUGCCCAGCAUGUUCAAGCAGGAGCUGAGCGGCGUCGGCGCCACUCUGGAGAAACGAUGGAAGUUCUGCGGUUUCGACAGCCUCAGUUCGGCAUGACACAGGAACAGCGCACACACACAGUGGAAAGGCGCACCAGCAUGAGCAGACUUUCUCAACGCCUCGGACCUUUAAUGACGUGUGUGCGCAUGUUUGCUCGUACAAACAACUGCGUGAGGUACAAUGAUGUUCACUCAAACAGGCACUGGAUAUCCUUGCAAAGAUGAACCUCCAAAACUCCUCAAACACAGUUCAUUCAGGCUGAUGGAUCCAGGUGAAAUUCCUUUUCUCUCUGAGGUGGAUUAUCACAAGAAGCUGCAGCAGGACUCGACACGUUAUAGACUUAAUGCUGCAUAUCAAUCUGAAGACUCAGCUUCUGUUUCAGAGCUGAAUUCCUGGUCAUCUGAAACCUCCCAGCAGUAACUUGGUCCAUAGAAAGUAAAUCAGUGAUACCAAAGUUGAUCCUUUAGAUUUCAGUUCAAUUCUAUUCUUUUUCACAACAAAGUCAUCUCCAGGCAGUCCAACUCAAUCCAGUUCAUCGUAGUUUAGUUAUAAUCCAGUUUAAACAAAUGAACCAUAUGAUCCACAGUAGUUCACCUGUGUUCAUAUAAGACCAAUUCAUAAAAGAUCAUUUUAUA